GUAUUCAUCGCUGUCGCUCUUUUCAUCGCUGCGGUGGUCGCAGAACCACCGAGGAACCGGCCUCAACAAAGACAAUUCUAUUUUGCUAGACAAGAAGAAACCACGGCUGCCGAAGCGCCCUAUCCGUCGUCCGAUUGGAGACCGGCUGGUCCGGCGUUCAAUCUUCCUCAAAGACAGUACGGAGCACCCGCCGCAGCUCCUCAGCAGCAAUAUGGCGCACCUGCAGCACCUCAGCAGCAAUAUGGCGCA